CCCCCCCUCCCCCCUCCUCUCUCUCCGUUUGCUCAAGGUGGUGGCAGCUCUCUCUGUGUUAUCCACCACUAUACACCUCCCUCCCUCAGCUCCUUCAGGUGUUUGACAGAGAGUUGAGCAGACAUGACCUCCGACUGGGGCGAGCAGUCCACGGCGGACCUGAUGAGCAGGUGCGUCUCCAAGGAAGUGGGGCACGGGGUGCCCAGGGAGGGGUGGCGGAUCUGCCUGGCGCACGAGUUCAAAGAGAAGAGGAGGCCCUUUCAGGCAAGAGACGUCUCGCUGUCCUACGUCAUGGAGCACAUCGGCCUCGGGAUCAGGUAUCUUAAGUGGUGGUACAAGAAGACUCAGGUGGAGAAGAAGGCGCCUUUCAUCGAUAUGUUUCAAGCUCUGCCUUUGCAGCAGAUAUAUGGUGCUCCUCUUGGAGGUAUUGGAGGGGGAACCAUCACGAGGGGUUGGAGGGGGGAGUUCUGCAGAUGGCAGCUGAACCCUGGGAUGUACAACUACAAAACCGUCAUAGCCAACCAGUUCACCGUGUGCCUGCGGCGCGGAGGACAAACCGUUUACCAGCAGGUGCUCUCCGUGGAGCGUCCGCCCACGCUGCAGGGCUGGAACUGGGGCUACUGCGGAGAGUACGCCUUCUACCACGCCUUGUACCCCCGCGCCUGGACUGUGUACCAGCUGCCGGGCCAGAACGUCACCCUCACCUGCAGGCAGAUUUCCCCCGUCAUCCCCCACGACUACAAGGACUCCAGCCUCCCGGUGGCGGUGUUCGUGUGGGACGUGGAGAACAAGAACGACUACGCCCUAGACGUCUCCAUCAUGUUCACGAUGGUCAACGGGUCGGGACACAAGGACGACAAGAGCGGCGGCCACUGGAACGAGCCGUUCCACCUGGAGAAGGACGGGGAGGCGGUGUCCGGCGUCCUGCUGCACCACUGCACCACAGUCAACCCGUACACCCUGUGCAUCGCCGCGCGACAGCAGCCCAACAGGGAGGUCAGUCACCAGACGGCGUUCAGUCCCAAAGGAACCUGCAGCGGUCUGUGGAGCGACCUGAUCGCUGACGGACGGCUGGACUCUCCCACAGGAUCCAGCCCCCCGACACAGAAGGGGGAGAAGGUGGCGGCUGCGUUGGCCGCCGGCUGCUCGGUGCCGGCUCAUGGACUUAACAGCCUGGAGUUCUGCCUGGCCUGGGACAUGCCCACAAUCACUUUUGGGUCCAGGGAGAGGGAACACGUCAGGAGAUAUGCUCGUUACUUUGGGGCCAAAGGGGACGCGUCUCCUUCUCUCAGCCACUAUGCACUGACACACUACAAACAGUGGGAGAAGACCAUUGAGGAGUGGCAGAAGCCCAUAUUGCAGGACAGUUCUCUUCCAUCUUGGUACAAGUCAGCUCUGUUUAACGAGCUGUACUUCGUGGCGGACGGAGGAACCGUGUGGACGGAGCUGUCCGAGGACGCCGACGUCAGCGGGGGCGUGCGGAGCGAGGACGGGGGUCUGCCGGCUCAGCCUGCUCUCGUCAAGGAGUACGGUCGUUUUGCUUACCUAGAAGGUCAAGAAUACAGAAUGUACAACACAUAUGACGUGCACUUCUACGCCUCGUUUGUGCUCGUUAUGCUGUGGCCCAAGCUAGCCUUGAGUGUGCAAUAUGAUAUUGCCGGCAGCGUGGUUCAGCAGGAUCCGACAGAAAGGCUCCAUCUGAUGAACGGCCGCUACUCUUCUGUCAAGACCAAAAACGUGGUGCCUCAUGACAUAGGAGACCCAGAGGACGAACCUUGGCAGAGGUUAAACGCCUACCUCAUUCACGACACCGCAGACUGGAAGGACCUGAACCUGAAGUUUGUCCUGCAGGUCUACAGGGACUUCCAUCUUACCCAGGACAGGCAGUACCUGCAGGACAUGUGGCCCAUCUGCCAGGCAGUGAUGGAGUCUGAGUUGAAGUUCGACCAGGAUGGAGACGGCCUGAUCGAGAACUCUGGUUACGCGGAUCAGACUUACGACGGCUGGACCGUGACUGGACCGAGUGCAUACUGCGGCGGGCUGUGGCUGGCGUCCCUAUGUGUGAUGUGUAAAAUGGCCCGACUGGUGAAGAGCGAAGAGGCAUACCAGCGUUACAAGGACCUCCUGGACAGGGGCAGCGCGGCUUUUGAUAAACGGCUGUGGAACGGGAAGUACUACAACUAUGACAGCAGUGGGAGGGAGCUCUCUAACAGCGUCAUGUCUGAUCAGUGUGCCGGACACUGGUUCCUCAGAGCAUCUGGGCUGGAAGAAGAAGCCUACCAGGUAUUCCCCAAAGAAAAGAUCCUGUGCGCCCUGAAAUCUGUCUUUGACUUGAACGUGAUGAGCUUCUCUGAAGGCCACAUGGGCGCUGUUAACGGCAUGCGCCCUGAGGGAGUGCCAGACCGCUCCAGCGUCCAGUCAGAUGAGGUCUGGAUCGGAGUUGUGUAUGGACUGGCAGCCACUAUGAUUCAUGAGGGUAUGUUGCAGGAAGGUAUGCGCACCGCUGAGGGUUGCUACCGGACAGUAUGGGAGAGGUCGGGUAUGGCCUUUCAGACUCCUGAAGCCUACUGCGAGAGGAACGUCUACCGCUCUCUGGCCUACAUGAGGCCUCUUAGUGUUUGGGCCAUGCAGCUCGCGCUCAACACGUCCCAGAGGGCUAACCCUGUUUACGGUGAAACCGGAGACUGUGGCGGAAACAAAACCUGAGACAUCACCUGCUGUGAAUUAAAAAAAAAAAAAAAAAAAAAAAAAAAGCACUGUAGAGGUUCUAAACAAAAUUAACCUGGGAUUUCCUUCUCAUUAGUUUGUUGUUCUUGAAAUGGUUAACUAUCCGAAUCGGUCGCUAUUACUAGUAAACAAUCAUAUUUUUAAAAGGACUUUUCUCAAUGCACUGCAAGUUGUCUUGGACCCUUUGCGGUCGGGCAUUUCCUAAUACCAAGUCUACACGCAAUGAGAGUUAAAAAAAAACACCAUCUUUCGUUUCAGCGACGUAUUCUCACAUUGUGCACAUGUACAUAUGCAAGCACUACAUUUGAUAAUAUGCCAAUAGUAUUUGCACAUUUGCAACAUGUCUGUAUGUAAUGUCGACUUUUGUUCUACUCUAAUUAAGUUAGGAUGCUGUUAGGCAGUGAAACGUGUGCUGAUGAGUGGUAUGUGAAUGAAGAAAUAUAGACUUUUUUUUUUUUUUUAUUAAAUAGAAAGUAGUGCCUUUGUAUGACGGUUUAAACAUUAAGUAUAUAAAUGUUGCAGCAACACUUUGUUUAAAAUGGUAGUCAUGACAAUCGAUAAGAAGACCCAUCUUCAGCCUUCUGGCUAAGGAAAUGUUCUCUUAUGGUACGGUUAGCAAACCGCUCCAUUCAUUGGGUCCUCGGUGCGGUGAAAUCACCUUGUACCGUUAGCAGAGAACCAGGCUUGGGUAUAGGGAGGGGGUUCGUUGGGUAAUACUCUGCAUUUCUGUUUCUCUGCCCGCAAUGGUUUGAGGAUCCCUUUUUCACAUUCACCUUCACCCGGUGAGACAAGAUCUUGCAAAGCACUCCAACUGAGGGCGACUGAUUGCCAUUCUAUAUUUACACUGUCUCUGAUUUACCACAACAACAGAUGCAACAAGCAUCGUGCUUCUGGCGUCCUUAGAUGACUCUUCAGUCCUCCCUGUGGUGGAGAGAUUGGAAUGGAAGAAUUUUAGGCAUAUCUGUCAUGGACUGAAUGUAAUCUGUGUGCUACAUGGAGAAGUAACCAAUGUGUGGGAGUCAGAAUGCUGUCCAUGUCGUCAGCCUAUAUGCAUUUAAAUAAAUGACAUGCAAAUCAA